AUGGCAGCUUCUUCAAGCAAUGGAUUUGAUGAUAAAGCUGAUGAUGCAUUUGAUGAUGCAUUUGAUGAUGCAUUUGAUCAGAAGUUUGAUGAUAUGUUUGAUUCUAUAGUUAAUCAACAUGCAGAAAAAAAGAAAAAAAGAAAAAAAGCAUUUAUUGAAAGAAAGCGGGAAGAAGGUCACAACCGCUUAUGGAACGAUUAUUUCAGCGACGAAGCAACCUAUCCGCCACAUACAUUCCAACGCCGUUUUAGAAUGAACAAGGACUUGUUCCUGCGUAUUGUUCACCGCCUCUCCGAUGAAGUUCCAUACUUUCAACAAAGAAGUAAUUCUAUCGGGAGAUUAGGUCUAUCUACUCUACAAAAGUGUACAGUAGCAAUUCGUAUGAUGGCAUAUGGUACAGCAGCUGAUGCAGUUGACGAAUAUCUCCGGCUCGGUGCUAGUACAGCAUUGUUAUGCUUAGAAAAUUUCACUGAGGGCAUAAUAUCCUUGUUUGGAGAUGAGUAUCUAAGAAGACCUACACUUGAUGAUCUUGAACACUUACUGGACCUUGGAGAGGAACGAGGCUUUCCCAGGAUGAUUGGAAGCAUCAAUUGUAUGCAUUGGGAGUGGAAGAAUUGCCCAACCGCAUGGAGAGGUCAAUAUACACGCGGAGCAGGAAACCCGACAAUCGUUUUAGAGGCACUAGCAUCACAAGAUCUUUGGAUAUGGCACGUAUUUUUUGGACCUCCAGGUACAUUAAAUGAUAUUAACGUUCUUGAUCGGUCACCAGUUUUUGAUGACAUCUUGCAAGGUUGA